GCAGUGUAAGUGCGCGUCGAGCCAGAAAUGGCAGCCAACAUAGUUCAUUACGAUGGAUACCACUGUUUAGAUUUUCUAUUUGACUUAGUUAUUGGCUAUCAUGACACCUUAAGAGCCUGAUUAAAUAAAAACGUUUUUUCCUCUGCCACAUGGGAUGGCGGGGAAAAAGAAAAGUGGCUAUGACGGCAAAAUUGCUGGGUUGUAUGAUUUGGAAGAGACAAUUGGACAGGGUCAUUUUGCUGUAGUGAAGCUUGCUAGGCAUGUAUUCACUGGGGAGAAAGUUGCUGUUAAAGUAAUAGAUAAACAAAAGUUAGACGACAUUUCACGUUCGCACCUAUUUCAGGAAGUUAGAUGCAUGAAGUUGGUUCAGCAUCCAAAUGUUGUCCGAUUGUAUGAAGUUAUUGAUACACAAACAAAACUGUACCUUAUCUUGGAGUUGGGUGAUGGGGAUAUGUAUGAUUACAUUAUGAAGCAUGAUGAUGGAUUGGAUGAAAAGUUGGCCAAAAAGUAUUUUCGACAGAUUGUAGAAGCAAUUUUGUACUGUCAUCGUUUACAUGUAGUGCAUAGAGAUCUUAAACCAGAAAAUGUAGUGUUUUUCAACAAACUUGGUCUGGUAAAGUUAACAGAUUUUGGAUUCAGCAAUGUCUUUGCACCAGGAAAAAAAUUGGAGACCUCCUGUGGCUCAUUAGCUUACUCAGCACCUGAAAUUUUAUUGGGAGAUUCCUAUGAUCCACCAGCAGUUGGUAAGAUUUAAUCAAAUAUUUAAUGGUCCAUUAUUAUUUUGUAGCAAUAACUUUACAUUUCUAUUAUUAUUUUUUUUAUUGCCACUGAGACUUCAGGCUUCAGACAAGUUAAUCAGUUGAGGUAUAGUAGGCUUAUUUAUUACAAAUUAUUAUGGGCAUAAUAACUAGGCUAAAUAAAAAAUCUAGACAGUAGACAGGUUAGACUUGGUAGUACUUAGCAGCGAAUAAAUGGGGUAUAGAAUUAAAAGCUUGGUGAGAUUAAAGUAACCCAUUGCCAUGCCCAUGCCAUGUUAACUUUCCGAGUUUCAUUUCAUAACAGUUAAUAACAGUAGUGCAAUUAUGAUGCUGAACAUUUAAGGCUAACACUAACACUUUGGGCUAUACUAAAGUGUAACUUACCCAUAAAUUUAAAGUUCAUUAAUGAUGAUUACUUAAACUUUUUUUGUAAAGGUGUAGUUAACGGCAUGGGUUUUGCCAAGGGUUGUCUAACCCUAAGUGCAGUGAUGUCACUUUGGGUGGGGAGACCCAACACUGGACUUAGGGUGCGUAGACCAAUAGUUGGUCCUGAGCGAUUUAUAGGAUAACUUUCCCGUUCUUCUUUGAGGAUAAUUUAGAUCUGAUCAUAUAAAGUUAAUAUGAAACACAGGUAUUUUAAAAUGACAAUUUCCGUUUGUCUUACUUUUAUUAAAAUUCAACUUUUAUGGUUCAAAAGAAAUGAAUGAAAAAAUUCUAAAUUCAUCCUUUCUGAUAACUUAAGUCUAACACCUGAAACAAAGACGCAUGCAUUGUUAAAAGUGCUAUACUAUCUUUAGAAUGUAAAAAAAUAAAGAAAAAAUAAUUUGUCAAGGAACCCUUUUAAAGAAAUGGUAGGUGGGGGGCAAUGUUCCCUCUAAGGUUUGUUGGUUCGUGUGCAAAAUUUUACAGCCCACAAACACAAACAAACACUUAGAUAAAUAUUAGCUGCGCAGAUACUCAAAACUGUUGCACGGCGUCUGUGAGAUAGCUGCGCGGCCCCUCAGCUUAAAGGGAACAUUGGUGGGGGGGCUGUUAGUGCUUAAUAGAUCCUGGCUCGGAAGUAGAAAAAAAUGGCUCUUAAUAAAUAACAUGAUUAAACAUAAUGAGAAUUAAGCAUUUCAAUAUUUGGUCAAGAUUUAAAAAAAAAAAAAUGCUCAAAAGGUUGACUGCUUCUGUUAUUAAUUAUAAUAUCAACAUUUGAUAUUUCAAUGUGAAAGCCUUUAAAAAAUGGGGCUUUUAUCUUGUAAUUUUUUAAGUGUCAUUUACUUAACACUUCUUAGUUUUCAAUAGGGGUGUGCCGGAUUCCGGUCCGGAAUCCGGUUCCGCCGGAUUUUGCACUAUCCGGUGAAAUCCGGUUCUGCCGGAUUUACAUGUAUCCGGAACAACCAGAAUCCGGAAUAUUUCGGAAUUUGCCAGAUUUUGUGACUCACCGGAUCAUAAUCUGAAAUAAAAGUAAUUCUCUUUCCCGAAUUCCACACGAUCACGAUACAUUAAUCGAUUGUUUCGAGCGUUGAGCUUGUUUUAUGUUUAAUAUUCCGUACAUACCAGAGGCUAGAGUCAGCACCGCUAAUAGUGGCCAAUAGUGUAGGGACUUUGAUUAGAAAAUUUAAACUUUUUGUAAAAAUAAACCAAUGGCAUAGUUGAAAAGAUGUAAUUUUUUAAAGAAUUAUAACACCAAAAUCAUAUAUUUAGCUGUUGUAGUUUUAAAGUUAUGAAUUUUUAAAGUACGACUUGGUUUGUCAUUUUUUAACAUGGACUGCAUCUCCACAUUCUGUGAUCUCAUUCCGCCAAUCCCGUCAUGCGCAAUGACUAUAUAGUUUAUAUAAGGCAACGCAUUCCCUGCCUUAUCACUAAAAUACUGUUUAGACUUAGUUUAAACUUUCAACUUUGGCACAUGAAUAAUUAAUUAAAGCUUUCCCUGACCAAUGGUUUAAUAGUUUUUGCACACGGCAAACUCUUAUGAAUGAAACUCUGAGGUAGUACUACGAUACAGUUAUGCAAGUGGCUGUGAAUGGUUGCCAAUGACAACGUGUUGCACACGGUAAAUUCUGAUCAUUUAUAAUAUGGAUUCUACCGGGUUGUUAAAGCUCAAAUUAAAACAUUCCAGUUUAAAUGUCUUUAAAUGCAUUCUGAAACACAAGUUAUCAAUUAUUUUGAUGUAAAUAGUGAUAAUAAAUUAAUAUUUCCUAAGUAUCGUCAACUUCCGCCAUUAAAAAGGGGGGCGUGGCCAACCCCAUGGCGAAAUUAGGUUGAGCGAGCUGCAUAACCUGCUGCGAACGCGUAGAAACAUGGCGUCUCUCGUAAGACACUUAUCCAAAUGGAACGGAACUCAAAUAUAUAUCGAAAGUACUAAUUUAAUAAUAAAUAGACACACACAUCGGAAAAUUAAAAACUCGGAUUUUUUGGCGCCGAUUGCGAAUUCCCAUACACAAAAAGUAGUAGUCCACCUUGACUUACCGAAGUAUCUACCAAUAGUACCAAAAUCCAGAAUCCGGGAGAAACUGGAAUCCGGAUUUCGCAUAAGAAAAUCCGGAUCCGGUUGGAAAAAACGGAUCCGGCACACCCCUAGUUUUCAAGGUUUAAAAAUUAUUGCUGCAUGUAACAUGAAUUCAUUUUAAAAUAGUCCAUGCACAUUCUUAGACAAAAGAUGACUCUAAUAAUUUCAAUAACAGCAUACAUUUUACUCUUAGUAUUCUUAGCCUUAUACCAAUAGUUUUUGGAAUGUACUAUUCAAAGCCAAGUUCAACUCUUAAGCCUCUUUAUUUUGUAUCUCCUCAACUGUGUAAAAUGUUUUUUCUCCAACUUUUCUAGUCAUAUUACAAUCUAAAAUCUGCUGACUCAGUAUUCUAGUUUUGCUUAUUUUUAGUUCUUUGUGUCAGAACUUGGUGACCAUAAACCUGGUGUUAAAGAGGUAAAGUUGUAAAAAAUGUAUCACAUAUCUGAAAAAUGUAUCACAUAUCUGAAAAUUCUUAAGUAAGACAGAAGGGGGAGGAAGUAAAUCUGUGUAAAAAAUUAAUUGUCAAAACAAACAUAGUUAAUUUAUUUUAGUUACAGCUACAUGCAUACAAAUCCAUAAUGAAAUAAAAAUAAAGAAAAUAAGUUAAUAACAUAUGUCUUUUAGGGAUCAACUUAUUUUUUAAAUGAGAAUUGAACCUUUUUUCAGUUUUAAAUUUAUACCUACAUUAAUUUUUAACCAGGUUACAGUACCAUAGGGGGAAAAGAGGGGGUGGGGGGAAAGAGAAAUGUGCGAUUUCUCUCCAAUUUUGACUGAAAUCUUUGGGAAAUUCCAAAUGAACUUAAAAUAUUGUGUGUUGUAAAUAAUUUUUUUUUGUUCACCAUCAGCAUGUUUCCGAACCUUUUCCUUUGCUUGCAGUUAGGUAUAAGGAAUACCCCCCCCCCCUUUUUUUUUUUCCUUUAAAAAACAUGGUUAGUUUACCUNAAAUUAAAAUAUUGUGUGUUGUAAAUAAUUUUUUUUUGUUCACCAUCAGCAUGUUUCCGAACCUUUUCCUUUGCUUGCAGUUAGGUAUAAGGAAUACCCCCCCCCCCCUUUUUUUUUUCCUUUAAAAAACAUGGUUAGUUUACCUCCUACCUAUAAAUUAUUCCCCCUUAGCUAGUUAUAUUUAGCCUGCCACUUGCAAUUUGGAGCAUGUGAAAAGUUUCCUAAAAUUAUCUUAGGAUUGACAAAUUAAGUCUUAUUUUUAUAUUUCAAAACAUGUAGAGAACUAAUAUAAUUGAAGAUGAUGGGCAUAUUUCCUUAAAUGUCUUCUGCUUGGUUUAAAACUUCAAUUGAGUCUUAUAUUUCACAAAAAUUUCUUUUUGAAAUGUGUAAUAAAUGCAAUGUGUUUUCAUACUUUAAAAACAGGUGUUUAAAAAUUUUCAUUAAGGCUUAGGAAUUUGAUUUAUUUUUGUCUCCAAUCACUAACUCCUAGCUCUUGUGUGUCUACCUCCACUUCAUCAAUUUAUGCCAAUCAAUGGUUGAUAGAUAAGUUGUCUAUCCCUUGAUUAUUAACAGUACACCACAUCCACUCUUUUCUGGGAUCCUCUUUGAGUUGUUUGUCAUGUGCAGACUAUCCAUUUUUAAUUGUUGCUUGUAAUUCCCUAUGUUUUUAUUUCAGUGCUCUUAGUCUUAAGAUUGGUCCUAAAUACAUUGCUUUCCAGCUUAAUCUAUGUUUAAAAUUAACCAAGUAAAACUGUUUGCGGAAUUUCUAUCACAUGUUUAUGAGUAACUCAAUAUACUUAAGUGUUUAGUUUAAAAAAGGAAAUGAGUAAAACAAAGAAUGAUCAAACCUGAAAAAAAAGAACGCAACAAAACAACAAACAUGUCCGCAGGAAGCCUUGAUCAAUGAACAAACAGAAAAAACAGAAUUAAAUUAAAAAAUAGCACUUGGCUGAGAAGUAGUAUCCCAGAGGGCAGCAAAAGAAUUUGCAAAAAAUCUGAUAACAAGAGAAAACAAAAUAGUCUAGAUUAAAUCUCACUGUGCCAUUACAAAUAGACAAAAAAAAAACAAACAACUUUCCUAUUGGUUACCCUAACUUCAAUAAUUUAUGCAUAAUUUUUUAUUAAUUUUCUUUUAGUUUUUCAUCAAUCCAUUGCUUGUCUUCACUUUUUAAAGUGAUUUUUUCACUCACUUGAAAUUUCUGUAAUGAAGUGAUUGCUAUCAUGUGCUUUAUUAAUUUUUUUCAGAUGUUUGGAGCUUAGGUGUGAUAUUGUUUAUGUUAGUUGCUGGCCGUGCACCUUUCCAGGAAGCCAAUGAUAGUGAAACACUCACCAUGAUUAUGGAUUGUAAAUAUCAGAUCCCAUCACAUGUGUCUGAGCUUUGCCGCAAGUAAGUAAUGUUGUUAAAUGAUAUAAUCUUAAUAUACAAUAUAUAGUCCUCUUAAUAAGCAACUAUUAUAGAUUUGAUCACAAUGAUCCUUUGAAGCUGAUAAAUUUUCUUUAUUUUUUUUGCAUAAUAUACUUUUUUUUAAAAAUUGCUUCUUUCUUACUAUUUCAAUAGUUUUUUUUUUUAAAUGAGACAGUUCAUUCUAAUUAUCUUUUGGUUAAGAUUUUGUUAUUUAUUUAAUUAACAUUUUCCAUAAUAUUUUUUUUUUUUUUAUAUAUUGGAUUACUCUGCUCUAUUUUACAAAUAAAAUAAGAAUGUCUCCAGAUGUUUUUAAGGAGUCAAAUUUUUCAAAAAUACAUCAAUAAUUCUCUAUUUUUUUUUCAUAAUUUUAUUUUUUUUAAAAAUUGCUUUUUUCUUUCUUUUUUAAUUUUUUUUUUUUUUAAAUGAGACAGUUUAUUCUAAUUAUUUUUUUGUUUAGAUUUUGUUAUUUAUUUAAUUAACAUUUUUCAUAAUAUUUUUUUUUUUUUUAUAUAUUGGAUUACUCUGCUCUAUUUUACAAAUAAAAUCAGAAUGUCUCCAGAUGUUUAUAAGGAGUCAAAUUUUGCAAAAAUACAUCAAUAAUUCUCUGAUAUGCUUCACAUUCUCUUAUCGAGUUCCGAGGAGGUUUAAAGUUUCUAAAAAAUUGGUUUGAAAUAAAAUAUGAGUAUUUUAAUUUUACAGAAAGAUAUUCCAAUUUACACCUCAUUGUUAAUUAUAUCUCAAUAAAAUUCUUAUUUCAGUGAGUCCCUGCAUAACCAAUCUAUGGAAUAGUGUGCCUUAUGUGGGGAUUUUGUUAUUAUAAAAAUUGUAAUUCGUUUCAGACGCAAACAAAAUAACAUGACAAGUAUAAAACAAACGUUCUUGGGCCAUCCACAGUUUAAAACACAAAAAAAUACAUUUAUAGCCUGAAAUACAUAGGUAUUGAUACUUAACAAUAUAUCUGAAUGAGAUCAUUGUCAUCAUUUUUUUUUAAGGACCUUCCUAAAAUCCAAAACAAAUAUAAACUAAACCGCAGUGUAAAAUAGCUCAUCCACUUAUACAGAAAAGUUCUGAAAAAAAUUAGCACGGCACAACAUAAACAUACCAACAAGCAUGCAAACACAAACAGCAAACAAAAACAAAAAACACAUUCCAAAAAACGCAAAAAUAAUGCCAUCGACUCCUGUUCCCCUUCAGAAUUGCUCAGAGUGAUCAGAGGAUGCCAUUUGUACGUUCGCACAUUAAAAUUUUAAAAAUUGUUUUUGUGAACUCUGGCAUUGUUUGUUAUGCAAGUAAUUUUUUGGCGAACAUCCCUGUUUGUUAUGCGUGGACCCACUGUUCUCAUUUCUUUAUUAAUAUUGAUUGGGGCACAGAUGACCGUUUAAUACAAAGCACCCCUGGACUUAUGUCUUGUUAUAUUUAAAUAUAAUGUUGUUUUGGCUUUUCCUUUUACUUACACUCUCAGACUGAUAACAAAAAUGCUAGUAAGAGAACCAUCUCACCGGAUUAAUUUGGAGGAUAUUGAGAGAGACCCUUGGUUAGCAAGUGAAGGAACCACUACUCAUGUACAAAUCAAUUUACCCCUGUUGUCAAGGGAACAUGUAUCAGAAGAAGACCAUAACUAUGUAGUACAGAAAAUGGUGGAAGGCAAGAUCUGCACCAGAGAGGAGAUAUUUCAGUAAGGAAUUUUUGGUUUAUAUCCAUUUUUGUAAUACAGUGCAAAAAAAAAAAAAAAAAAGCCAACCCUUGACCUAGUGNUCCUUUAUUUCUAUUUAUUUUGUAAUUGACAGGAAACUUCUUGGUAAUGCAGCACACUUCUGGCCAAAUUCCUUUUGUCAAAAAGGCUUGCAUAAAGUGUUGGGGGGGGGGGGUAGGAGAAAAAAGCAAAUAUGGGGAGCUUGUGAUAAAUCAUAGAUAAGUAAAUAACUUUUAGCGUAGAAUGGACAUUCAAUAACCUAACUUUUUACUAUGCAUCAAGCAGUGUAAAUAAAAAUAAGCAUUCUUAUAAUAGCAUUUGCUGAAAAUGUGAAAUAGUGUUAUUAAUCCCAGUGAUUUUUACAAUGCUUGGAAAACAUUUUUCCUUUUGUGUAAUGUUUUUAUAUAUGUGGUCGUACAGAUUUUUUCAGUGGUGUCAAUUUUGAGUAAAGUUUCAUAAUUAUUUUAAUGUUAAUAAUUUCAGCACACAUCUAAAUGAGGUUGACUGAAGGCAAAAGCCAGCACUAGUCCAAGAUACUUUGUUUUUCUUAUGUUGAUUACAUAGAUGGUACCCAAUCAAUUUUUCAGUUCUCUUGACCGUGAUGCAUAUGAUCAUAUAGCUGCAACCUAUUACCUAUUAGUAGAACGUAGACUGAGGAAGUUGCAGCAGCAGGAAACAACAUCAACUCCAACCAACAACCUACGGAAACAGUCUUCACCAGCCAACAACAUGACAGCCGGCAAACCCCACUUGGAACCAUUAAUGUUAUCUCCCCGGUGGGUACACCUCUUUAAUAUAAAUAUAAUUUUGAACUUCACUUCUACUCAAUAAUUCACUAUUGCCAGUGUCAUAACAAUAAGGAAAAAUAAUUAGGCCAAAAAGUAAAUAUUUUUUUUUUUCAUUGAUUAUUAAAAAAAAAAUGAUUUGUCCUAAAAUCUGUAUUUAGUAUUAUUCAGAAAUGAAUAGAUUGGAACUAUUUUAUAAUGAUUUUGUUUUAAUGGCAGUUUCAGAAAUAGAUCUAUGAGUACUUAUGUCAAUAAAUUUCAAAAUGAUUCCUUUUUAACUGCUGUAAAAUAGGGGCAAUAAUUCAUUUACCCUUUUGGCAUCAGUAAAGUGAAACUAAAUCCCAACUUUUUACACCGCUCCAUUCUUUCUGUUGUUAAGCAAGGAAAUUAACAUCACUGGGGAGCCCCCAAGUACAUUUUAUUAGGUGUGCCCACUUAAGCCAAGAUUAGCCAUUUGUAUAAUAAAAAAACCCAAUAGAUUAACCUUUGCUCCUACUUCAGAAUAUAAAUUUAACAAAUCUAAUUAUUUCUGACCCUACAUGCUUAGUGGUAAAUAUUCCAAUUAUAUUUUACAAGACUUAAGAAUAUAAGGGGUAUCAGAUUUUUAUCUUCAUAUUUUGUUCUCUUCUUAUGCCUUCUUCUCAUCAUGCUGUUUAGUGGCAUCUUUCUGUUUUCCUCCGUUUGGUCGGCAAUGUGUGUGUCUGUCUAUAGGUUUUAAAAUUUAAAUUGAACUGUGUAUAUUUUUUCAGCUGUCUUAAGUUGAAUGAACCUAGAGCUGCCAUGGCUUAAUGGUGUUCUGAAAUGAGAGCAUUUUAUGCCUGCUACUACAUUCCUUGGCAUAAUUAUUAGCAUCUGCCAUUGUUUGCUCUUUAUUAGCCUAUUAUUCAAAGUUAUCCAGCUCUAAUCAUUUACAUAAUCAAAUUGAUGGAUGUGGUGUAGAAAAGUUUUUUUUCUUCAUUAUUCUACUUAAAAAUUAAAUAAUGUACCAUAUUAUUACAAACGAUGUUUCCUUAUUACACUGUAAAUGUUAUCCCCAAAUAUAACUGCACCUUUUUAAAAGUACCCCAAUCCCUUCUGGAUUUAAGAAAAAAUAACUUUAUUUCUUAUUUCUAUUGGCACUAUAAUAAUGUAUGAUCUUUUAAAAAAUAAUAAAUUAUGUUUUAACAAAUAUCUUUAAGCAUUUCUUGUAAUUUGCUGCUUAUGUACUUUUUUAGAAUUUAAUACAACCAAUAGCAAAAAUAUUAUUUUAAAACAAAAUUGUAAAUGUAAUAAUUGGUUUAUUUUAAUAAUUUUUUUAAUAAGUUAUUUAAUCCAAAUAAUUUUGCGACCAUUUUUACCCCUAUAUUUUGUAGAAAAUUUUAUAAAUAUUUUUCACCCAUAAAAAUAUAAGGAAUUCUUUGAUUUUGCAACCCGUUUAUUUUUAUGGCUGUGUGAUGUGAUCUUUUUUUGUGGCUUUAUCUUUCUUUUCUAUUAUCAUUUAACUUAGAAAAAAAAAUCAGCUAUUUUAAGAACUCUGCUCUUGAAAUAAAAAAUAAAUAAAAAUGUAGUUUAAAUAAGUAACAAUAAUAAGUUAGGCUAUGAUUAUAUUGAUAGGUCAAAUGCUCAGUGAUAAACAUAUGUAAAAGAUUAAAUCUAUUUCUGAUAUCCAUUUAUAUAUGAAAAUAUGUUAAAUAAAACUGUGUUAAAAAUAGUUAAUAAUCUCGUUGGGUCUGCUAUUCCAAUCACUCUAAAAGGAUUUGGAAACUGUUUCGUAAAAUAUAAAAAAAUUCAGAGUAAACCCGUCCUGUAAAAAAUGACUCCAUGUAUGGCUUAUUAAGUUGUUAAACCAUUUACAUGGCAUAGCACAAUCUACGUCCUUCUAUAUUUUAAAGAUAAAUAAUAAUAUCUUUUUCUCUAAAUUCUAUAUUUAGGACACCCCCCCCCCCCUUUUUUUUUCUCCAUGUUUCCAUUUUCUAGCUACAUUGUUUUUUAGUUACUUACCCAAGGUGAGACUUCACAUAUCAGCUGCAUUUUUUAUAGGGUAAAAUAAUGACAAGGAUUCAUAGUGUUCCCUGUUGUAAUUUUGUUCUUGAUACAAUGUGUUGUAUUUCCCAUUUCUAGCAAGCAAAAGGAAAUGAAGAAGACCAAAACUGCCCCUAUCCAUCAAUCUAUUGUAGCCCCCCCAACCCUUGUCAUUACACCUCCCCUUGUGGGGGACUCAGCUUCGCAGGCCAUGCGGCUGCCUGUGAGUCCUGGCGGGCCGGAAUUUGUCAAAAGUCUGACCAUCAGCAUGACUUUGGAUAGACGCAGCGCCAGUCAGAAGAAAAAGCUUCAACAGGAACAAGGCCUUGGCUUGGCUGGACCCAGAAGUGCCGGCGCCAUCGCUGGUGGCACCGCUCCGAUCAUCCUGAUUCCUGAUGCAAACAGCAAAAGAGCACAGCAGAAAGUCAAAUCUGCUCCGCUAACUUCCUCUGAUGGUGCCAAAACGACAGUGGCAAAGAAGAGGUCUUCGGGUCCCUCAUUUUCUAAAAUUGCAAUACUCAGUUCAUUCUUUGAACGUAAAGCAGCACAGGAGGCGGGUCUUAUCCCACCCACACAGCCUCAUCAAAGAUUAUUUCCCUGGAGCAGUGGAAAAGACAGGAAGUAGGCCUCUUUGCCUGUAUUUAAGCUUUCCCCUUCUCCCCUACCUUUAACCUGCAUGCAUGAGCAUUUGGUUUCAUUUUAAUUCCCAUUUUUUCCUUGGUUUCUCUCUAUAUGUCUGGUUUAAAGAAAAAGCCUUGUGUUUUGAUUUGCACUAAAAAAAAUUGGUGUCAUUUGUUUUCAUUUUUAGUUUUUUUUUAAGGUUUUGGAAUGCACCUAUUUCAGUUUCUGUUUGAAAUAAGUUUUCAGCAUGGGAUGGCCUUAUUUUAUAUUUGAUAUUAUCUUCUACUAGACGUCUAUGAUGGCUUGAACAAAGGUGUGCAACAAUGGUUCAUGUCACUUUGGGAGAUAUCUAGUUAAUUUUUUUAAAAAUAACAUUUUAAAAUGUAAUAAAUGUUUAGUUAAUAUGAUAUUGAAUUCAAUUUCUAGAAUAACACUGAAAAUGUAAAAUAAUGUAAACAAGAUAUCUCCUUUUCAACAUGUAAAAUUAUUAUCUAAAGUAUUUUAUUGUUGUCAUGGUUCAUGCACUGUGGUGGCUAAAUAAAAGUUGUAUUCUGUUUCACAGAUUUUUAUGAUUAGAUUAUUGUUGGUAGUCACUCAGUGUAUUGGGUUGAUUACUGUAUUACUGAUUCUGCUAUCAACAGAUGAACAUACAGAAAUAUAGGCAGAUACUCAGCAGGUUUAUUGAAAAUUUCCUGCAGUGAGGUGUGCUGGAUUGUUCUAUUCUUUAGUUGACAGUGGUAUGGGGUAGUAUACAAAUUUGUCCAAUGUAAUACUUUUGUUGUUUUCACACUGUAACUUUUCUAUUUUGAAUGUAAUGUGAUGAUUAGAUUAUGUAGUGGUUAUUUAUUUUAAUUUACAACAUUUUUAGAUUGAUUUUAGUUAUUCCUCUCUAUUAGUAUCAUUAGAGGUGCUAUAUCUUAGUGGUUCCUUCCUAGUGAGCAGUGAAGUGUAUUCACCAUUUAUAUAAAAAAAAAAUCUGCUUGAUUUCUUCCUCUGUUGAAUCGCUGCUUUACAUUGAUUAUUUUACUGUUUAGUCCUGCAGCAUGUAGUCUUUAGCUAAAAAUCUGUUUCAAUAUGUAGCUUGUUUUGAUAUUGCAACUGAACUUUUCUCUUUGUCUGUAUGUGAUUGUAUUUAAUAUAUUCAGGUUGUCAUUUUAAGAUAGAGGCACAGAUUUGCAUUCUCAUUAAUUUUCUUUAACAAGUUGUAUGUAUUUAUCCUAACUUGCUGUAUAGCGUUUCAAAUACAGCUUCAGGUCUGUACUCUUAUUAUUCAAUGGCUAUCUAGGACUCUGUCUGUAUUCAACUGAUAGUGAACAAUGGUUAUCAGAAAAUGUUUAUUUCAGUAACAGAGCUUCCAAUUGCUUGCAUGUUUGUUUAUCUUUUUCUCUCAAAUAAAGAAAUCAGAGCAGCUUUUGUCAUUAGUUUUGGGGAUAUAAAAGUCCAAGAUAUAUAAAAAAUAAAAGAUUAGAGAAUGUUCAGGAAAACUCAGGUAUAGUCAAUUGUGAUGUUUUUGAAAAAUAAAAAGUUUGCUAUGGGGAUUCCCAAGAGGUCCAAAGCUGAAGAAAUCAUAUACAUAUUGCUUCAUCCCCAAUCAUCAGAUUUCAACUCCCAUCAUUCAAUAUUAUGUUGAAAUACUGGGUUUGUUAAGCAAGUAACAUUUUAGUUAUGUUCCAACCUACAGCUUUCCAAAAUCACCCAACUCAAGCACCCAUGAAAGUCCACAAUUGGGCAGCAAGACGGAAACUAGUCCAGACACCAAAACACGACUUGCAAAGCCACAAGCUUCUAACAUGAAGAAUCUAUCACCGCUCAUUGUGACGGAGGAAUCUCCAAGCUCAACGUCAUUGAGUAGCAUGUCCCUAAAAUCCAGGAGGGAAUCAAUGCCGGUUUGUGAAGUUCAAGAAAUCUUACAUGAUUUAGUAGAGCAAUACAAACAUCAGAGCAAGCCUCUUGGAUAAAAUAAAAACAAUCACUCAAGCUAAUUAAGUAUUGAAGAAAGAAAUUCCCAAGAAACAUAUUUGAAGUUGCAAUAGCUGUAUUAGCUGUGCUGGAACAAGGAUACCUCGAAACAUAUUUUUAGAACAUGUGCAUUUCCUGUAGCCAAAAGAAAUCUAAAGGAAUUUUUCACUUCAUGGAACAUAUUUUCAGUAUGUUGUUAUAAGAACAAGAUGGAACAGACAUGUAUUGAUGUAACAGUAUGCCUACGCUACCCUGUGCUUUCAACUGUUCAGUCAGUUCUUGGCAAAGUGUAAAUGGCUUUUAUGUGUCCCAUAAAAUAAAUGUUUUAAAAUAAAUUAAAUACAAAUUAAAGAGAAGCACCCCGGACUCAAAAUACUACCUUGGUUUUACUGUGUGUUUAAUAAUAAUUUGAACCUACUCUACAUUUUAUGCUGAAAUACAUAGAAUUAAUGAUUGACAUUAAGCUUCAUGAAUUUUUGUACACAGCUUUUAAGUUUGCUCUACAAAAUUCACAUUUAAGUUGUAGAAAUACCUCAAAGUCAUUUUUUAAUAUUAAAGUGUAUUGAAGACAAAGAAUUUUUUUUUUUUUACUCCCAACUACUUUCGAUAGCCAGCUAUGGGUUGCUCAUAAAUUGAAAGUAAGGUGUUCAAGUUUAAAAUAUACUUACUCUGGAGCUAUGGCUUGAUUAAGCUAGACCAUCCCUUUUUUUAAACCACCACAAACAAAUCAAUGCCUGAACAUUUGUACUUGUGAGAAAUAACCUUCAUUCAGUUAAAACAGGUGUCUAGUAUUUAAAAGUAUAUUUUGUAUCUUGUUUGUUGAGCCUAAUAGUCUGGGAGAUGAAUAUGUUUUACGUACAUGACUGUGAUGAAAUAAAACUGUGCCACGAAUUGUGAAUACCAACAUAUAACUGUUAUGUGGUCAUUUUUUCUGGUUUACCGUUACAUUUAGAAUAAUUGAUCUAGACAAUUUUUUUUCAUUGUUUAAAAUAUGGUUUUCUUCUAGUUAUAAACUCGGUUACUUUUAUUUCAAUUACAAAGUUGAUUCUUUAAUAACUUUUCUUAUUGGAUAUCAUAUCAUUGGAUUUGUAUUUUUGAAUAACAUGACAUGAUACAUACUUGUUGAGAUAUGUAAAAGGUGAGAUAAGAGGAAGACACCAAUCUUUUUCCUUAUGAUUCAUUGGUGAAUAAUCUAUUGAGGUUUUACCAAAUGUGGUUUGACCACAAUUUUGAGUUACCAAGAAUACACAUGAACACACGCCAGAUACAUCAACUAAAUGGGGACCUCACUUCUGAGUCUUAUCAACUACAUGUUGACCACACUUCUGUGUCAUAUCAACUAUGUAGCACACACUUCUGAAUGUAUGUUGUCUUUACGUCUUGAGUCUUAUCAAGUAUAUGUUGACCCCCACAUUUAUUUUGUGCACACCUCUCUUAAAUAAACAAAAGAUGCCAUGCUUGAAAUGAGUGCAAUGUAUUUCUCAAUUUCUCAGAUCAAAACAGCGGGUUGCACUCAGUCCAAACUCACCAACAUCUAUUGAUUACUCGGAAUAUGAUUUUCCUCCGUUCCAACGGUAACUUUAAAUGUUUAAACACCGCUAUGCAUUUUUGCCAUAUUUGGUAUUAAAGCCUAUCCAAGAGCUACCUUCACUUUGCAUGGGGCUAAGGAGACAUGCUUACACAUCAGCCAUCACACUCUAUGUUUAUAUUGUACACUGCAUAAACUUAACUGCUACAAAGCUCCAUAACCAAGUACUCAAGUUCUAACUAGCCAAAGUCGGAUAUCAUUCAAGUUAAUUUUUAUAUUUGUCUGUUAAAAAAGAUGAACAUGUUUUAUUAGCAAACUUGGUUCAUACUAAUUGUAAGCUUUAGCUAGACUUUAAUUUUAUAUUCGACCUAGAUUAAAUAUAAACAAAAUAAAACCACCUACAUAUAUAAAGGUCAAGUUUUUCACUGCGUAAUUUUUUUAAGUGACAAAAACAAGUUUCUAUAAUAUUAGAUAUUGUUAACGUCCCAUCACCUUUCGCGCACAAAAAAAAACGAAAACAAUAAUUCUUUGUAACAAUAAUAAUUUGUUUUGUAUGUUUUGUAAAAAAAAAAAAAAAAAAAAAGAAUACAAUGUACACAACAAAAGACACUAUAUAAAAUUUGCUUAGUUAUCUGCAUUACAGUAAUAACUAGCUUUUAUAUUUCAGCUUCCCAAAAACAAAACUUGUACUUUCAGUAUUGCACAAUGUAUUUAAACUAGAACACAAUGGUGUACAUAUUUAGAUUUCAAAUAUUUACCUCAUCUAUACACAUUGCUUCAUUUUAAGUCAUCUGAUUAUUUUUUUGCCAGGGAAAAUUUUUCUUCCACAUAUAUAUUAUCUUACCUAAUAGUAAUUUAUUUAUAAAUUCAUUCCUUUCUUUUUUUCAAUAAAGCUUAUAUUUUAUGUAAUUCUAAAAUAAAUGGAUAUGUUUUAUUCAUAAUAUUCCCCAUAUUAAAUUUUUUUUUUUAAUGACUUAUAUUUAUGGUAAUAAAUGUAUCCCACAUCUUCCUUCAGUUGACAAACACCUGGAUUAAAUUACUUAAAAAGCACAAUGACUUAUCAAUCCAGAAACUAAUUUUAUUACUUUGCUUUAUCUCAACAAGCUUUUUGUAAUUUUUUAACAAGUGGCACAUCUCGUAAAAGGAUGGAACUUUUUCAAUAAAAUUUUGUUGGCAAUAUUAUGAAGCUUUGCAAUAAUGCCCAAGCUCUAGCUGACUUCCUCUAAAAUCUGAGUGUUUAAUUUUCUCGGACGAGCCCUUAUGUCUGAAUGUCUAGUUUUCUCAGGUGCGUCUCAUGUCUCAAUUUCUAGUUUUCUCAGCUGGACUCCAAUUUCUGAAUGGCUAGUUUUCUCAGGCUAGUGAAUUAUCAUUUGAAAUUUUUCUGUAAAUGAAAUCAACUUUUGAGUAAUGUCUUCCAUCUUCAAAAAACAUUUAGUUUAAAAUAAACAGUUUUAAUUAAGCCAGUGUGCUUCAUAAAAUGCAUUCCAACUGUUCCUUACCAACAAUGACACCCUUUAAAAUUCUUUGUAACUGUCUUUGCCUGGCAUUAAUCCUCCUCAUGUUACUCAGGUUUUAAAAAAAAAUUUUUUUUAAUAUUCUAUUUUCGUUUCUGAAUGCAAAUGAUCCAUUUAGAAUUGUUCACUUAAAAAGCCAACAGUUACAUCCAAAGUCAUCUAGGAUUAUAAGGUCAACAGUGACUUGAUCAUGGCAAGAGUUAACAUUAAAAUUUGUCACAUUUAGUCAAUAAAGUCUAAUGCCAUACUAAUUCAUUUAUCUGCCAGAUCCUAUAUUAAGUUCACUAACACACUAAUCGGUAGCCAAUGCCAUUUGCUCAGAUCAGUGUUUCCCAAAUUUUUAGUCUGGCCGACCAGUAGAAAAGUUUCAAAAAUGAACCAAGGACAGUUAAAUUUCAUGUUGUGUGGACCUGCAAUGUCAGGCUUGCAGACUGGUGCCGGCCAUGGACCACCACUUGGGGAACCCUGGUUUAAAUGACUGUGGAUCAGAGCAGUCAUUACAUCUACUUACAAUGUGUCUCUAAAUGUCAUAUUCCCCAUUAAUUGAAUUGAAAUUCUACAAUUGUUAUUUUUAAAAAUAUUGUGAAGGUGGUUCAUCUUUGAAUUAUUUGCUGAUUUUCUUGAUCUUAAUUAUCUUUUUUCUUCUAUGACAAUGAAAAUAGCAGACAAUAAAGUUCAUUACCUGGUACCUCACUUUUGGGUCUUGGCUUGUUGAAAUUAGAAAAAAAAACAAUUUCAAGAACUGGAUGAAGAUGCCUUUCAUACCAAAGGACCACUCUCUGUGUUCAUUAUAUCAGUAAAAUAUAGAUUACAUUUUCGUUGCCUUUAUUUAAAUUUCAGUUACGAUUUUUAAUAAUUAUUAUUUUUGAAAAAUUAGCAUCACUAUUUCUGAUAUGACCUAUGUAAUCAUUGAGAUUGGGUAUGCCCUAUUGCUUGCCAUGUCUGGAAGUGUCUUUUAGUUUAUUUUCCUUUACAAGUAUAUACAAAAAUAAGUCGUCGACCUCAAUAAACAACACAACUGCCCCAUUUUAUCAACGUCUUUCAAGUCAGCCAGUCUUCAUUGUCUUGCAAGGCCCUAUUUGAUUCUUUUGCUUUGUCUCAACUGACUUUUUGGUACUUUUGUUGCAUUUCAAUCAUAAGAUCUACAGAAGUAUUAUUUGUGGUUUUUGUUAAAGUUUUUUUUUUUUUGCCUCUGCGUUUGUAUUGCCAGUGAUAAUUCUUGACUCUUGUUUACUCUUGCAUGCUUUUGUGUUUACUAUUGCCUUUAAUAUAUUAGCACAACUUUGUCUACAGCAUUUACUAUCUGGCGUGUUUUAAGAUUGUUUUUUAAAAAAGUUGGUUCUAUACAGAAAGUUGAUUGGGUAAAAUAAUUUGAAUAAAAGCAAAUAAAAUAUUUAUCUUAUAACUAUAAAAAAAUAAUUAUCACAGAUAAAAUUUUUAUGUUUUUCCAUGAUCAGUUUUUUAAAAUGGUAAAUGAAUCAUUUCUGUAAUAUAUGUAACUAAAUUAUUAAACUCUUAAGACAAAAACUAAUUCUGCUGCAUAUUUAUUGAGAACUUAAGAAUUCUGACAAUUCCCAUCUUAUUUCUUGAACUGUUUAACCCAUUUUUGAUUUCUCACAUCUUAUUUCUACAGGACGCAAUCUGUUGGAUCAGAUCACUCGGACUCUUCUUCUUCUAACCUGGUACAGUCCCUUGUGUCACCGCCUGGCACACACCCUUCACCGGCCUCUGCAUCGCCCAAAAUGGCUCACCUAUCUCCAGAAGCAAUGUUUGCUGCUGUCAGAAAGUGCAGCCUUAUUCAUGAGGAAUCACUGGAUGAUGACGACGACGAUGAUUUUGACAACUUAGAGAUAGAAUCCAGUGAGUUAAAGCCAUCAAAGAGUCUGGAGUUUUUAGAUGAGAGAAGCACAGAUCAUUCAGGACUGUCACACCACGAUCAAGGGACUUCUUCUGUCGUCACAGGAGGAAACCAUGAAUCUGUCAACCCCAGGCGUCCACUUAAAUCUGUGUGCAGCUCUCCUCAGCUUCUGAAUCAAAUUCAUGAGGAAAACGAAUCGGAAGAUGAAGAUGAUUUUGUUCCGUUAAAACUGUCAGCCCCGCGUGGGAGAUAUACUCAUAGUGGAAUGGCGUCACCUGAGAUUCUUAGAAAAUAUGAACAGAGAAGACGAAGGAAAGGCGCGGGGCAAAGAGGUACCAGUUGCAGCAGCUCUGACGCCAGUGACACAGACGAUACAGAAGGUAGAUCCAGGAAAGAAAAACUGAAGCAUAAAUUCAUGCACAGACGUGAUAGUAGCGACCAUUCUAGUGAUACAGAUGGGCCUAACGGAGGAAACAACAUGGGAGGGGGUGGGCAUAUAGGAAACGGAGGUGGAGGGACGAAAACUACCCACAGGAGUCGACGU